UGAAAACUGUAAAAUCGGCAUUCUUGAGGUUAGGUUUCUGAGAUUAAAUGUGAUUUCUGAAUUCUGAAUUAUAAAAAUGAGAAUAUUUUUGGGAUCAAAAAUACAUAUUUAUCUUUAGUACUUUUACUUUAAUUUAGCAUAUUUUAAUGCUUAUUCUCUAGAACUUAUUACAGUUUUAUAAAGUCUCACAGAAAUGUUUGCAACUAGCAGAAAUAUUGUGAGGAGUAAAGCCUUUCUAAAAUUGGAUACUCUCAAGGUGGAAAGAGUAGCUUUUAUUCAUGUGUGCGCUUCUCGUCAUUGGAGCAUACUAUCCAAGAAGCUUUCACCCAGCUACAGUCUAUCGAACAACUUACAAAGGCUAUCACAUGUGAGGAACUUGAGUUCAAACGCCGUUGUAACCAAUCAACAGGACACUAUCACUGUUUAUUCACCUGGAAAGACGGGCUCCACGACAACAGCGCCUGUUGUUGAUAAAGUGACCGUAUCAGAUGUGACUGCAACUACUUCUGCAAGCACCGUAACAGAAAAUGUUGCCACCUCACUACCACCUAUACCUGCGGCUCCAAAGCCUCCUCUUGCUUCUCAACUGGCAAGUUUAAUAUUUUCACAUUCAAUCUUGAAACAUGUAAUACUUUCAAAGAUAUAUUUAAAACAUCGAAUGGCUGCUUUAGACGAAACAGCGUUCAAAAAAUAAGGCAUUCAUCAACUUUCCAUACUAUCUCUCAGAAUAAGAGUAUUCUGGAUGAAUAUAAUUUGUAAAAUCAAGUAACUUGCUAUGAUUUGUGCAAUAACUUCGUUUUAACAAUUAUUGUUGAUUUUUCAAGAAUUGUUAUUUUUUUAUUUACAACUAGCAGGCAACCCGUGCUCCGCAAGUGUCUAAUUAAGGUCUUGACAAACUGAAAAUUUGACGUACUGAAAUCUUGAAGAAUUUUAGACUUUUAUAUAACCAUCCUCGGUAAAUUAAGAAUCUAUAUGCAAAAUUUCUAGUUAAUCAGUCCAGUAGUUCAGACAUGAUGAUGCAUCAUUCGUGAAUUUCCUAUCCCGUACGUGUAUAAUCCAGUUCUUCCCUUUAUUAUUAUAGUACUAGCAGGUAACCCUUGGGUAAAAUGGGUAAAAUAUUUGGAAAUUAUAAAAAAAUUAUUUUCAAUUAAAAAA